UUUGAACCCUAAUUUCCAUCUUCCUCAGUUCGCAAGGGUUUUCCCGUUUCCGUGUGUAGAGACAGAUCUUGUUCCACCAGGAUAAAUGGCGGUCCCCUUGCUGACCAAGAAAGUUAUAAAGAAGCGUGUCAAGAAGUUCAAGAGGCCCCAGAGUGACCGAAAGAUUUCUGUCAAGGAGAACUGGAGAAGGCCAAAGGGUAUCGAUUCACGUGUUAGGAGAAAGUUCAAGGGAUGCACUCUGAUGCCCAACAUUGGUUACGGCUCAGACAAGAAAACCCGUCACUAUCUCCCCAAUGGGUUCAAGAAGUUUGUUGUCCACAAUGCCGGUGAGCUCGAGCUUCUGAUGAUGCACAACAGGACAUACUGUGCCGAGAUUGCCCACAACGUCUCCACGAAGAAGAGGAAGGAGAUCGUGGAGCGAGCUGCACAGUUGGACGUUGUCGUCACUAACAGGUUGGCUAGGCUUCGCAGCCAAGAAGACGAGUGAAGGUGAUCGAUUCCUCGAGCUAUUUGGGCUGAUGCUUUUUGUUACCGUCCAUGAUUUUAUUUAAAAAAAAUGGGGGGGCUUGCCUUCAGAUGUUUGUUUUGGUCAAGAUUUUAAUUUUGCAAUUGCCUUUAAACUACCACCAUCUUCACUUGAAUGAAAAACCAAAUCCUUUAGUUUAAGCA